AUGAAGUGCUCCCCCUCCUUUCUCGUGGUUAUAGCCACUGUUCUCCCUACGGUAGCAAACGCACACACCAUAUUUACGACACUUUUUAUCAAUGAUGUCUCCCAAGGAGAUGGGACCUGUGUUAGAAUGAGCAUGGAUCCCCAACACUGUACCUCCCCAAUAGCUGGCUUAGACAGCGAUGAUAUGGCCUGCGGCGUCGAUGGCGAGAAAUCUGUUGCUUUCACUUGCCCCGCACCAGCCGGUGGAAAACUAACCUUCGAGUGGCGGACAUGGGCUGAUGCUGAGCAACCCGGAUCUAUAGAUAAAUCACAUAAGGGGCCUUGUGCCGUAUAUGCUAAACAGGUGAAAGACAUGGCAACAGACUCCGCUGCUGGCCCUGGCUGGAUCAAACUCUGGGAAGAAGGUUAUGAUGAGUCAAGUGGCAAGUGGUGCACGGAGAAGCUGAUUGAUAACAAUGGCUUAAUGUCCAUUGACAUUCCAGACUCACUUCCUGGUGGUUCCUGGCUCUUCAGGCCCGAACUUUUGGCCCUUCACGAGGCAGAUAAGGGCGAUCCGCAAUUCUACACGGGAUGUGCGCAGGUGUUUAUCAACAGCGGAAACACGGCAGCUCUUGAUGUACCUAAGGAGUACAGCGUUAGUAUACCAGGCUACGUCCAGGUUGGCGAGCCUGCGGUAUCCUUCAACAUCUACCAGCCGCAAUUCCCGUAUCCAAUGCCUGGACCAAAGGUCUACAAGCCCGGAAAACCCAAAGGCAUGGCGACUUUUACCUCGACCUCAACCUCAUCCAAGGCGCUAAAGCAGACCGAGGGCAAUAUCCCUUCGAACUACCUCAUCAAGAACGCAAAUUGGGUUGGAGUGGAAGUAUCCUCCUACUCGACUGAGGACAGGUGCUGGAAGGCAUCCGAGGAAUGUUGGAAUCAGGCUAAGGAUUGCUACAACUCGGCACCCCCGACGGGGAGUGCUAACUGUCGAGUUUGGGAGAGCAAGUGCGAUGGCAUCAGUGAUGCUUGCAGUGCCGGGGACUUUAACGGCCCUCCGAACAAGGGCCAGAAACUUCAAAACGAAGAUCCGACACCCCCGAAGGAUAUUCCAGGAGUCGGAGAUGGUAGUAGCUCUAGAAAAAUGCGGGCACGGCGUGCUAGAGCCCUAGUUUCGGCGCUUUCUUGA